AAUAUACAAAACUACAACGCAUUAAUGACAAAUUAAACUUAUAAGUGAAACUUUUCUUGUAAUUGGAAAGAUCGAUAAUUUAAAAUUUAGUCAACUUUGCACCUGACCAACCUCAGUGAAACUUUCGUCCAACGAAUUGUUGGAUUGUUUUAUCAUUUCGAUACAUCGGUUAUAAAGCAUCAUUACAAUGUAAUGAUUAAAUUUAAUGCUAUUAAAUAAUAAUCAUUUAUUCAAUCCUGGUUAUUCGGAUUUUGUUAUUUAUCAACUGAACAACUUUCAUCUUUUUCCAGUUUUCACUCUUUUUUAGUUAUUAAUAGUUCUUACGAAAAUCAAUAUUAGUGAAUUAUGGGUCGCUAUUUUGAUUUUUCAACUUGGCAUGAUGCGCUAGAUGGAACAGUUGAGCUUAUCUGUAUGUUGUUUAGUGGUUUAAGCAUUAUUUGGGGUGCAAGUCUAAUCGCAGUGCACUAUGUAGAUGUUUUGGCUGUUGGGCGAGGACCUGCUAUCAUGAGCAUCAUUGUUGGUGUUUUUGCAAUGCUUUUCCAUUUAUUUGGGUUCUGGCGUUGUAUGAAAUAUAAUCCUGAUGCGUUAAGAGUUAAUGGCUUGAUUUUUUUUCUCUUGGCCAUCGCUGAGUUCAUUAUCGGUGUUUUUGCGUUCAAAUAUAGCAAGCAACUUGGGGAUGUAACUAUUGAACAAUUUCAAUCGAAGAUCAAGGAAGUUGAAGACGUAAAGGUGCCAGCGUCAAAGGAAAACAUGGAUAAUUUUCAAAUGGAAAUGAAGUGCUGUGGAGCUUUUAAUGCUUCUGAUUGGUUACAGAUUCCUGACUCUUGUUUUGCUGACCAAAAACAAAGAAAAGAUAUUUACACUGAAGGUUGUGUGCACGCAAUUAAGAUACUUUUGGCUCCUAUGAUGGAACAAUUAGCUAUGUUUGUUACCGUAUUAGCUUGUGUUCAAGUUGCUAGAAUUCUCGUUUUAUAUUAUUUUCAUUCACGUAGCAAACGAGCUGAAUACAAGCCUGUUUAAGCAAAAGCUAGUCAUUAAUAAUCGCGAUUUUAACACCUGAGUAAAUCCUAUACAAUCUUUAACACCGUUGACUUACAAUUUACUGUUACAAAGAGUUUCACCAAAGUGUUCGAAUAUCUUUUGCCUUAUAUACAAUACGAGUGAUACAGAAAAAUCAUGAAUAAGUAUUUAUUCCUUCUCAUUAAAUUUUUUAAUUAUGUUAUUAACUGAA